ACGUUGAACGACACUGAGUAGCCUAGCUAGAGUUACCAUUGCCAUACCGAUAGGGCAAUAGAUUCUGCACAUGUCGACACCAAGAAAGGACGCACAGAACGCUUUGGGUAUUCCAAUGUCAUUUGCCCAUUUGGUGGGAUUUACGCAUUUGUGAAUUUUGUUUUAUUUAUUUAUUUUUUGUUAGCCUAGUCUAGCUGGUAGAUCUGACUAUUGCUUAACACAGCUCCCCGGCUAUGGUUGAACUUUUUUCUUGGAAUUUAUUGUUGCGCCUUAUUCCAAUGUAUUAGAAUUUUAUAGCGUAGAAAUCCCGCCUAUAACAAUAAAUGAAAGUUCGCAUCCUUUGACGAAACUGAUAAGACAGAACUUCGUCACAAGCAAGAGGACACCAACGCUGGAUUGCGACUUCAGUUUGUCUUGGAGUUUUGGAGGAGGAAGUCGCUGGAGGUUGAAGAGCUUUCAAAAUGAGCAGCUACAAAAACAAGAUGGAGGACGAGGCCGUGCUGGACCGGGGAGCGUCCUUCCUCAAGCACGUCUGCGACGAGGAGGAGGUGGAAGGUCACCACACCGUCUACAUCGGCGUGCGCGUGCCCAAGAGCUACAGGAGACGGAGACGCCACCGCAGGAGGCCGGGCCACAAGGACAGGAAGGAGAAGGCGUCGGAGUACGCCUCCGACAAGUCCGACACGGAGAACUAUGACGAGGUCGGGAGCAGCAUCCUCAAACCUCUCAUCUCCCCGGCGGCCGAGCGCAUCCGCUUCAUGCUGGGGGAGGACGACGACGGCCCCCCGCCCCCCCAGCUCUUCACCGAGCUGGACGAGCUGCUGUCCGUGGAUGGCCAGGAGAUGGAGUGGAAGGAAACGGCAAGGUGGAUCAAGUUUGAGGAGAAGGUGGAGAAGGGCGGAGAGCGGUGGAGCAAGCCCCACGUGGCCACGUUGUCCUUACACAGCCUGUUCGAGCUGCGGACGUGCAUAGAGAAAGGGACCAUCUUGCUGGACCUGGAGGCAUCGACGCUCCCCCAGGUUGUGGAGAUGAUCACUGACAGUCAGAUUGACAACGGUUUGCUGAAAGCCGACCUGAAGGACAAGGUGAUGUACACCUUGCUGCGCAAGCACAGGCACCAGACCAAGAAGUCGAACCUGCGGUCACUGGCCGACAUCGGCAAGACGGUCUCCAGUGCAAGUAGGCUGUUUUCCAACCAGGAUAAUGCACGUAGUCCGCUUGAAAACUCUGUGCCUUGCCUAACGGUGCGUGCUUCAGAAGAGGAGCUCCACGUCCCGAGGAGCCCCAGCAUGGGAUGGCUUAGCAGCCCAGCAACCACCCCUCGGAAUCUGACGUCCAGCAGCUUGAAUGACAUCUCUGACAAACCUGAGAAAGAUCAGCUGAAGAACAAGUUCAUGAAGAAGCUGCCACGGGAUGCUGAGGCCUCCAACGUCCUGGUGGGGGAGGUGGACUUCCUGGACAGUCCCUUCGUAGCGUUCGUCCGUCUGCAGCAGGCGGUUAUGCUGGGGGCCCUGACAGAAGUCCCUGUUCCAACCAGAUUCCUGUUUAUCCUGUUGGGGCCCAAAGGCAAAGCCAAGUCCUACCAUGAAAUUGGAAGGGCGAUAGCCACCCUCAUGUCUGAUGAGGUCUUCCAUGACAUUGCUUACAAGGCCAAGGACCGACAGGAUCUCCUGGCCGGGAUCGACGAGUUCUUGGAUGAGGUCAUCGUCCUGCCCCCCGGUGAAUGGGAUCCCGCCAUCAGGAUAGAGCCCCCCAAAUCUCUGCCGUCGUCAGACAAACGAAAGAACAUGUACGCCGGAGGGGAUAACGCACAGAUGAACGGCGACACGCCCCACGACGGAGGGCACGGGGGAGGGGGGCACCAAGUGGGCGAUGAGCUAAAGAGGACGGGAAGGUUUUGCGGUGGCCUUAUACUUGACAUCAAAAGGAAGGCACCUUUUUUCGCCAGUGACUUUUACGACGCCAUACACAUCCAAUCCCUGUCAGCCAUUCUUUUCAUUUACCUGGGGACGGUGACCAAUGCCAUCACAUUCGGGGGUCUACUGGGGGAUGCCACAGAAAAUAUGCAGGGGGUGCUGGAGAGCUUCCUGGGCACGGCGAUUUCUGGAGCGGUCUUCUGUCUGCUAUCGGGUCAGCCCCUCACCAUCCUCAGCAGUACGGGGCCUGUGUUGGUCUUCGAAAGGCUGCUCUUCAACUUCAGCAGGGACAACUCGUUUGACUACUUGGAGUUCCGGUUGUGGAUCGGCCUGUGGUCGGCCUUCUUCUGCCUGGUCCUGGUGGCGACGGACGCCAGCUUCCUGGUGCAGUACUUCACCCGCUUCACGGAGGAAGGCUUCUCCUCGCUCAUCAGCUUCAUCUUCAUCUACGACGCCAUCAAGAAGAUGCUGAAGCUGGCCCACUACUACCCCAUUCACUCAGGCUUUAAGGUGGAAGACGUCACACAGUACGACUGCCUCUGCAUGGCCCCCACUGUAGACAAUAACUCAGGGCUUUACAGUGAUUCACUGGAAGACGGUACCACCACCUGGAUAAUUAACAAUACUAAUAUGCCCUUUAAUGCUACCUGGUCGUCGCUGUCAAAGUCGGAGUGUCUGAAGUACGGAGGAGAGCUGGUGGGAGAAGCCUGUAAAUACGUCCCUGACAUCACCCUGAUGUCCUUCAUCUUGUUCUUCGGCACCUACACCUGCUCCAUGUGUCUGAAGAAGUUCAAGACCAGUCCCUUCUUCCCCACGAGAGUGAGGAAACUCAUCAGUGACUUUGCCAUUAUCCUGGCCAUUUUGAUCUUCUGUGGUGUAGAUGCACUGGUGGGAGUGGACACGCCUAAACUCAUUGUGCCAAGCGAAUUCAAGCCAACGAGCCCGAACAGAGGCUGGUUUGUGCCCCCGUUCGGAGGCAACCCCUGGUGGGUGUACCUGGCGUCGGCUCUCCCGGCCCUCCUCGUCACCAUCCUGCUCUUCAUGGACCAGCAGAUCACCGCCGUCAUCGUCAACAGGAAGGAGCACAAGCUAAACAAAGGGGCGGGGUACCACCUGGACCUGUUCUGGGUGGCCGUCCUGAUGAUCCUGUGCUCCUUCAUGGGGCUUCCCUGGUACGUGGCGGCCACGGUCAUCUCCAUCGCCCACAUCGACAGCUUGAAGAUGGAGACGGAGACCUCGGCCCCCGGGGAGCAGCCCAAGUUUUUGGGAGUGAGGGAGCAGAGGGUCACUGGAGUCUUCGUGUUCCUCCUGACCGGACUGUCCGUCUUUAUGGCUCCAAUCCUCAAGUUCAUUCCGAUGCCUGUGCUGUAUGGAGUCUUCCUCUACAUGGGUGUGGCCUCCCUCAAUGGUGUACAGUUCAUGGACCGCCUCCAGCUGCUCCUGAUGCCGUCCAAGCACCAGCCAGACCUGGUCUACCUGCGUCACGUCCCCCUUCGAAAGGUCCACCUCUUUACCUUCAUCCAGGCCCUCUGCCUGGCCCUGCUCUGGGUGCUCAAAUCCACCGUGGCAGCCAUCAUCUUCCCUGUCAUGAUCUUGGCCCUGGUGGCGGUGAGGAAAGCCAUGGACUACCUCUUCUCACAGCGGGAUCUGAGCUUCCUUGACGACGUCAUUCCCGAGAAGGAAAAGAAGAAGAAGGAGGACGAGAAGAAGAAGAAAAAGGCGAAGGGUAGCCCAGACAGCGAUGGAGAAGAUGAGAAAAGUCCCCCUCCCUCCUCGAACACCACACGUCGUGCUGAUCGGAUGCACUACUUCCAGGGUAACUCCUUGUCGAGUCCUGAGAGAAAUCCAUAUAAAUCUGUGCCUCAGAUUAGAAUAGACCUUGAGCCCGAAGACAACGGGUUCUUCUGGAGGAGUCGGGGUUCCGAGACGUCUCUCUGACCAGUAGAAGCCCCGCCUCUCCUGAUGAGCCAACCAAUCCUUGUGCAAACUCAAAAGACAUUCCUGUUCUUAUUUCUAUUCUCCUAUUCUCUAUGAAAAAAUUCUUCCAGCGAUCAAAACUGAUGGGAUGCUUAUUUGAAAGUGAAUCACAUAGAUGGAAUAGUUCAAAUUUUUUUUUAUUAUUUGAAAUUGCAAAUUACAUUUUAAGAAUGCAAAACCUUGCUGUUUUUUUGUCUGGAUUAACUCGAAGAGAACGAUGAUUUGUGCAAAGGGUUUGUUCCUACGUACAGUAGGUACUUUUCAAAUGGGAAGAAAUUUUUACUGUCAUUCCGAUUCCCAGAUCCCCCUCUCUGUUCCAGUACAGUACACAAUAGAAUGUGUUGUUUCACACUCCUAACUCCUUACUAUGCAAAAUGUAUCUUCUUCUGAAAAAAAACAGUAAAAAUUAAGUAGCUGUUUGUCAUGCAUGACAGUGAGCCUAACCUGCCGUUUUUGCAUCUUCCUUAUAUGAACUUUUUAUUUUUUGUUUAAAAAUAAGAAAUUACUGUAAUUACAUUUUCCUGUAGCAGGAAAAUAAUACUUUGAUCGGUUUGUAGCUCUACCUCUUAUUUCUAGAUGCCAGGCAUUCUAUAUAAAUAUAAUAUUUUGAUUUUAUAAAGGGCACAGCAUGGAAUUUUAAUAUUGUUAAUAUUCUUUCUGUCUUUUAAGGGUUUCCCUGGAACGAAGUAUUCACAAGAUUAAAUGUAUUAAAAGAGAAAGCAAUAUCUGUAACAUAGAGAUAAUAUAAUUCAGAUUCAAUAUUAUAUGAUUUAUUAACUUUUACAUGAUGUUAUGGUCUAUGUUGAUAAUAUGCCAUUGAUACAGAUUUUUUAAUGUUUUUUUUUUUAAUCAGUCAGGAUACAGUGUUGUCUUUUUCCUUGAACAAAAAGCAUAGGAUUUGUAUUGUGAAGCACUGGGUCAAGCACUCAGCAUUAAGUCCCCAGUAUUUGUGGGUUCACUGCUGUCUUGUGGUGUAAAAAAAGCUUGUUCGGCUGCCAUCUAUUUUCUUAUGAUUUGAACUUGCAGUGCUGUAUGCAUUUUGAAAGAUACAUUUUGAAAGAAUUUGUCAAGCAAACAAAUGGGUGAAUUCAUUUAUUUACAAUGAAUUUGCUGUGUACAUGAGUAUCUAAUGUCUAUAUCCCUUCAUAAGUAAACAAAGCAGUUCUAUUUGCCCAGCUGGUCCCAAAAACUGGCAUGAAAUCCAAUAUUUCUCUCAGCCAAAAUGUUCUUGGGCAAAUAACUGCUAUUUCUGCACAAAAUGAUCUACCUAAGUGGCUUAAAAUUGUAUGUAACAGAAUGAUCCAGAAAGGUACCUCAUGAGGUCCUAAUGAGCAGUAGUCUUUACAAAAUAUAGCUUACGGAAUCUUCCAAAUGGGACAUUUUCUAUAACCAAUAGUGAACCACAAAUAUGUGAAAAACAGGUUUCUUAGACAUUUUGUUUCAGUUCAUGAGGCUUUUUUUU